AAAGUCUAGCGGCGCUGUGCUAGUCGGGUUCGCAGAGCUUGUGGUUGCGAACACUACACCAUGUUGUAUCAUUUGAUUCACUGGAGUAAGGUGGAUAGAGCUGAGUGGAGAGAGAAACUCAGUAGUAACACCUAGUUCGACCGUUGAAGACGAGCGCUCUUGUGCUAGAACCGCUGUUGUAGACGCGCUAUAGUCCAAGAGGCUCCAGACGAUAGAAACCUGAACCGACUAUUCCAUCUCCUCGGUAGCUGGAACUCUUGGUGCACUCCUGUCUGCAGUGCUUGUCAACAUUCCCAUCUUGGGUAGACGACGCUCAAUGGCCAUGAUGGCUGUCGGGGCUGCCGCUUUUGCCGGUGCUUUUACGUCUGUGCGCACUGAAGAUGCUAAUCUAACCUUCUCUAGCUUAUUAGGCUUCUUCCAAAAUGCCUUUUACGGCAUCCUCUACUCAUACACCCCGGAGGUCAUGCCCACUGCCCAUCGAAGCACUGGCUGUGGAUUAACGUUGGAAGAAGGGCGUAUCGCCUCAUUGUCCUCGCCUUUUAUUGCAACCUUCGCCAACCUCAACAUGGGCACUCCAAUUUGGGUCUGUCUCGGCCUCUAUGUGGUUAUUGCUGCGGUGGCUUUGUCUCUGCCCUUUGAACCCAAGCGCUUCUCAGUGGAUGACCAACCUUGAAUAGAGCAAUGAUAUCGGCGAGGAUGUAGCUUCUAAAAUAGCUCAAGCUCACAGGCGAGCGUUUCACUUCGUACUAUGCUAUAAGUUACUUGAAGUAAUUGUCUUGAGAGCCUGCUACUACAACAGCAUCUCUACUCUUUGCUAAGAAUCAGUCUACGCAAUAAACCCAAAUCAUGCACACUAGCAGUAACACUGCUCUAAAUUUCUUAUGAAAAAAACUCUCUAGCAAAAUAUUUGCCAUCCAACAGUCCUUUGAGCAUUUACUAUAUGGCGUGUUUGGCGAUGAGUGGUGACGAACCCCACCACCGUAC